CUUGUUUUUAUUGAAAGCGAGAAAGACUAAUUACGCGAAUUAUUUUUCUUUUUUAUUUUAAUAAAAACUAAUUUUUAAUUAAAAGCAAAUAUAAUAACAAUAAUGAAUAUGAUAAAAGCAACAGCGAAUAAGUAAUUGUUUAUUUAAAGUUAUGAGAAUUAGUUAUGAGUUCAGCAGCAGACGAAACUGUAGAAUUUUUACAACCAGAUAAUGAAGAUCUAUUGUCGGUUAUCUCCUCACAACAAUCACAGACUUCACUUACAAAUCGUACAGUGGACUUAACACCGCAUACAGAUGAAAGUAGACUCAAGUAUCGCAAUCAAAUUUUGUAUUGUCUUGAGAAAUACCAGAUAACAAUAUUGGCUACAGAAAUUGGUAUAGAAGAUCUACAGUUGCCUCAGUAUUUGCAAGAAUUAGGAUGGCAUACUAAAGGUACAAUAGGCGUUGUUGAGCCCCAUAAUGACCCUUCGAUAUCGUUGGCCGAAAAAAUUAUCUUCGAUAAAGAAUUUGUCGAUCCUGAGGAAUCGAAAAUUAAGCGUUUAUCUGAGGAUUCUUUGUUGCGAGAACUAUUUGUGGAUCCGAUACUUACGACAUACGGUGUCGUUAUAAUAGACGAGGUUUACAAGCGCAGCAUUCUGACCGAUACUAUUCUGGCGCUAUUAAAGAAAAUCGUAAGGAAACGCGGUUCCUUGAAAGUUAUUUUAGUUUCUAACACUAAAGAAGCAUCUUUCCUUAAGGAAUAUUUUGAUCAAAAAAAAUUGAAAAAUGAUAAAACCUCGAGUAUAAUCUUAAGCAUAGAUGACGCAAAUUUAUUUCAACAUAUCCAUUAUUUGAAUGCGGCUUGUCCCGACUAUGUGAAAAAAUCUGUCGAAACCAUUUUAAAUAUACAUAAGCAACAACCUGUAGGAGGAGAUAUUGUUGUAUAUUUGGCCGAUGAAGAUGAGAUUGCCGAUGCUAUGGAUUUGUUACGUAAUUAUAUAAGUGCGGAGCAUAUAAAAAAUUUAAAUUAUUUUAAAAUGUGCCAAACGAAGAACGAAAGGCAAACCGUAUUUUUUCCAAAAACCGAAGGCAAACGUAACGUAGUCUUCACAACAAAAUUAUAUCAAAAAUCUGUCACUCAAGAUCGCAUCACCUACGUUAUUGAUAGCGGUUUUAUGGAGGUUGAAUGGUUUCAGGCGGAAAAAAAGCGCUACAAUAAAUUAAUUGUCCCGGUUUGCAAAUUUACAGCAUCUUUACGUGCCAAAUGGUGGUCCAAGCAUAGGGCGGCUAAAGUAUUUCGUUUGUACACAAAAGAAGGGUAUAUGGCGCUACCUGAACGAACCCUGACAGAAAUGCGUCGAUCUAAUCUCUGUACUAUUGUCAUGUAUUUAAAGACGUUAGCGGUGGAUAAUAUAUUAAGAUUUAAUUUCCCAUCGGCACCACCAGCUAAGAACCUUUUAGCUGCUUUGGAAAUAUUAAAUGCCUUAGAAGCUUUAAAUGUUCAAGGUCAUCUAACAUUUCCUUUGGGUUAUUUUCUCGCUGAUGCUCCUUUGCCGCCAAUGCUUGGCCGAAUGCUCUUCAAAUCUUCGGAAUUGAAAUGCAGUGAUGAAAUUCUAACUAUCGUAUCCAUGCUGCAAGUGGAGCCUGUCUUCAUUAUAACCACUAAUAAUGUAGCCGAUUCUCAUAAGCAAGUCGCCAAACGGAUUUUUGAAGCGGCCGAGGGUGAUCUCAUAACAUUGCUUAAUGUCUAUACCGCUUUCGUGGAGAAUGGGAAAAGUAAAGAAUUUUGUCGAAAAUACUAUUUAAGCUAUCGUCAUCUAAUGAGGGCUGUAAGUUUGCGAGGCCAUCUGGCUUGCAGUGUGCUUAAUAAGUAUAAUCUUCGCUUGAUAUCCUGUCGUGGCGAUUUAGAGAAAAUAUUGCGUUCAAUCACUGCUGGAUACUUUAUGAAUAUUGCUUACUUACAUCCCACGGGAGUUUAUCGGGGUUUACGUUGCGGCUCGGAACUAUACGUAGAUCGCGAUUCGUCAAUAUACACUUUGACGCAACCAAAGUAUUUGACAUACUGUGACCUUUGGGAGCGUUCGAAGAAGACAUUUAUGCAAAACGUCACUGUCAUUAAACCCGAAUGGCUAAGCGAGCUGGCUCCACAUUAUUACAAAGAGAAGUCGGUAAACGCUGAUCUAAAAAAAUAGGUUUUUUUUUUCACUAUUACAACCAGUAAAGGUAUUCAUCGAAUAAUCAUUUUUAAGCGAUAUUGAAAUAUAAAUUUUUUUUUGCACAUCUCAACGCAUUUUCAGUUGUUGAUGUGCUGAAUAGAAGAAGAAGAAGAAGAAUAUUAAACUUUCUACUUAAAUUCUGAGACUAAA